GCGCAACACUACAGCCCGUUUGCACGUCGUGAUCACUCUCGCCGUCUCGGAAAGUCAGAGACCAUGGAGACUGCGUAGACCUACACACCGUCAGCCUACCUGGAGCAUUCAGAUUAUGUAACCUUUGUAGGUGCGAGAGAGAGACGUAGAAAGCUCACACACACACGGUCGGUCUACAAUCGGGACUUGCAAAGUUAGAGUGGACCGGACGCAAAAUCAAACCAAGUCGAAGAUAUUCACUGGUGCAGGAUCGAGUCUGGGGAACUUACAAGACCCUUUGUACGUUCUGAUUGCGACCAUGGCUUUUUCUCCAGUGCUGAUAACAUUACAAUGGAUUUUGAUAGCAACAGCCCACUCAAACGUCUGCUAUGCUUUGGAUGCUCACCAGAAUCAGUCUUCAUCAGUGCAGGCGGCAGAGGAUCAAACGAUAGUUUUCAAGGCGGGUGAUAUGGGAUAUGCCUGCUUCAGAAUCCCAGUGCUCCUUCAAGUUCCAGACACGCUGCUCGCAUUCGUCGAAGCAAGAAGCCCAUCUUGCAGUGACUACCACGCACGCAGUAUCCUGCUCAAACGAUCCGAGGAUGCAGGUCAUACUUGGUCCGAGGCCAUUCUAGUGUCGAAUGUAACCCACGCGGAGACACUGAGCAAAGGAGAUGGUUUGAAUCUCGGCGUGGCCUUGUACCAGGAGCCGCUAUCGGGGGAGACAAUUCACGAGCGAGUGUGGCUGACUUGGGUGGAGUGCUUUCAUCGGUGUGAAGUGCCGUAUCAGUAUGUUCAGAGCAGUUCUGACCUGGGUCGAACGUGGGCACCUCCCAGGGACAUAACACAGAGUAUUAUGGCCCUUUCCAAGUUUUCACCAGGUCCGGGCUACGGGUUACACGUGAAGUCGUUUGACUGGGAUCGCCUGGUGAUGUGUGGACAUUACCUACGUCUCACAGCUAGCAGUAGGAGCCAAACUCAGAAUGGUUCCACACUUGACACUCCGUAUGAUGUUAGUGAAUCCGGCGCUGCAUGCAUAUACAGUGAUGACUUUGGUGGCACGUGGAAAUCCGGAGUUCCAGUGCCCUACAACAGCUCUCUGGUGGCUCCCGGUGAGUGCCAGCCAGUGCGGAUCAGCAGUUACGGCAACCUACUGAUGACCAUGCGCGAUACACACAAUAGUCAUCACCCGCUCUGGACUCAGAGCUAUGACAGUGGCGAGAGUUGGGACGAAGCGCUGGUGCAGACAAACCUCACGUCGGCAACCUGCGAUACAAGCAUGGUGGCGAAGAAUGUGACUGGUAAGAUCCGUCUCUUCUACUCGCAUCCAGCAUCCACCGUACGUGAGAACAUGGAGGUGCAUUGGAAGAACCUGAACGACGACACCCCGUGGACACUGCUGGCAAAGCUCUGGACUGGCCCUGCUGGGUAUUCCUGUAUGACAAUGAUGCCACUGGAUAAUGUUGGAGUGCUCUAUGAGAAUGGAGAGACAUUUACAUACGACAGAAUAACCUUUGCCAAGAUAAACUACCUUGCAGGUCAAAGUGCAGUUCAUGAGGAGUACAGUGAGAAGGAUUAGCUAGUACCAGCAUCACCAGUACAAUGCAGAGCUGCUAUAAUCAGUGAUGAAUGACUGUACAUGUAUGAUGAAGACUGGGACAUGGUUCAAUGGUUGUCACGCUCUCAGCAUUAGGCAUGCACAUAUACAAAAUUAUGCACCGGCCUGCACAUCAAGCUAGUAACAAUAACAUGUUACUAGGGCCAUGGUACGUGCUCCAUUGCCAUUAAUUUUACAGAGUCACUAUUUGAUGCAUUGCUGCUUUACAGACACAGUCACAAAGUCCUACCUGCCUCCAUCACAUAAUCAUAUUGCACAUAUACAUAAUUAUUAUUAUUUGAGGGAUCCCCCAAAGGCCGAAGCCUAACUCAAGGGGGUCUCCGAGAAUAUAUAUAUACGUGUACAAUGCGUGUACAAUAGGGUGCAAUUCUUAAAAGGAAGAAAAUAUUAAGAUAAAAAAAGAUUAAUGUGAAGGUUAAUUAGGAAGUCUGAGUAGAAGCAAGCGAAAAGUGUACUGGUAAAUACACCACGGGUUUCAGAUAUCCUAAUCUCGG